CUCGUCCACAGAGCGAGCUUCACUUUUCGGUUCGUUUUCUUCCUGUCAUUCUCGCUCAAUCUUUGAUCAAUGUACUACCGUGCAGAGCCAAAAUCUCACAAUCCCCCUCUCUUCCAGAAACUAUUUUAAUUGCGAAACAAAUAUCGGAAGAACUCGCCCGCUUGGAUUUCUCGUUUUGAUUUCUCGGGACACUUUUGUACUCUGUUUUUUUAUACUUUGAACUUAUUCUCACUGGUGACCAUGGCCGUACCGGCUGCUUUGAUCCCUCCGACCCCGCUGGUCCAUCCACCUCCGAUCUCAACUUCUACCGCUACAACCUCCUCGCCCUCGGCAACCUCAUCUCCGUCUCCGUCAGUUGCACCUUCCGGACAGAGCCUGUUUCGAUCGGAGCUGAUUGCCACCAGCAGUCCGGGCAUCCCAACCGGCACCCUGCCCAGCAAACCCGUGUACUCUACUCCGUCUCCAGUUGAAAAUACUCCGCAGAAUAAUGAGUGUAAAAUGGUAGAAUUACGGGGGGCCAAGGUUGCCUCUUUUACGGUGGACGGUUGCGAGCUCAUCUGUCUUCCCCAGGCAUUCGACCUCUUUUUGAAGCACUUGGUUGGAGGACUGCACACCGUCUACACUAAGCUGAAGAGACUGGAGAUCACGCCGGUGGUGUGCAAUGUGGAGCAGGUCCGUAUCCUGAGAGGACUCGGAGCGAUCCAGCCAGGAGUCAACCGGUGUAAACUCAUCUCCAGGAAGGACUUCGAGACGCUGUAUAAUGACUGCACCAAUGCGAGUUCGAGACCUGGACGGCCACCGAAGAGGACACAGAGUGUCACAUCACCCGAGAACCCCCACAUCAUGCCACACACAGUGCCUGGCCUUAUGUCACCUGGAAUCAUUCCACCCACAGGCCUCACCGCCGCCGCUGCUGCUGCUGCAGCCGCCACAAACGCCGCGAUCGCCGAGGCCAUGAAGGUGAAGAAGAUCAAACUGGAGGUGAUGAGCAGCUACCACAGCGGCAGUAACCAGCACGGGGCCGACUCAGAGAACGGGGACCUCAACUCGAGUGUCGGUUUGGAACUUCCAUUCAUGAUGAUGCCCCACCCACUGAUUCCAGUCAGCUUACCUCCUGCAUCAGUCACCAUGGCGAUGAGUCAGAUGAACCACCUCAGCACCAUUGCAAAUAUGGCCGCUGCUGCACAGGUCCAGAGCGCACCAUCCCGAAUGGUGACCUCAGUCAUAAAGGAACGUGUACCUGACAGUCCUUCUCCUGCUCCCUCCAUGGAAGAAGGGCGGAGACCAGGAAGUCAUCCGUCAUCUCAUCGGAGCAGCAGUGUGUCCAGCUCUCCAGCCCGCACAGAGAGCUCCUCUGACAGAAUCCCUGUGCACCAGAAUGGGCUCUCCAUGAAUCAGGCUCUUCUGGGCCUGUCUCCAAGCAUACUGCCCGGGCCCAAGGAGGGAGACCUCGCCACUCAUGAUAUGGGCCACGAAGCCAAAAGGAUACACGUUGAGAAAGAUGAGACUCCACUGUGCACUCCAACAGCGAGAGACAGCUAUGAGCGAUUGUCCCUGGCUGGCCAAGCUAUGCCCCCUGGAUUUCCCUCCCCGUUUCUAUUCCCUGAUGGGUUGUCUUCAAUAGAGACACUCCUUACAAACAUACAGGGCCUCUUGAAGGUUGCCAUUGACAACGCCCGAGCCCAGGAGAAGCAGGUCCAGCUGGAGAAGACUGAGCUGAAGAUGGAGCUGUUUCGGGAACGGGAACUGAGGGAGACACUGGAAAAACAACUGGCCAUGGAGCAGAAGAACAGAGCAAUAAUUCAGAAGCGAUUAAAGAAGGAGAAGAAAGCCAAGAGGAAACUCCAGGAGGCCCUAGAGUACGAGUCUAAGAGGCGGGAACAAGCGGAGCAGACCUUGAAGCAGUCGUCACCAACGGACAGUCUCAGAAAUCUAAACGACUCGCUGACCCAAGACAUUGAGCCUGACCGCAAUAGUGGCAGAACAGAUGCUGAAAGGACAAUACAAGAUGGAAGACUUUUUUUGAAAACCACAGUGAUGUACUGAUGCCACCGCAGAGAGAGAAGAUGGAAGAUCAAUCAGUUGAAGAUUCCCAAGAGCCUUCCACCUGGCUGUUGUAGUCACAGUACCGACUCGAGUUGCUACUAGCAGAUCCUUGGAAGUGUUUAUGUGUAGCUUCAAGCAGAAGGAAGAUUGUGUCUAAAUGUAAAAUUAGAACUGUUUUUUUCCUACAGAUUUCAACAUCACACAGUUAAUGCAAAACCAGGCCUAGCAUGUACAUUAUGUGAGAGGGCUCCUGUUCUGAAGGCUUAGCGAUUGAGCACAGAUGAAUAAAGUAUCAGGAUCUACACUGGCAGUAAUACUUCAAACAAAUUCACAGCACUGAAGAUUUUUAUACUGUAUUUAAAC